AUGAAUUAAGACUUAGAUCAGAAGUCAAUAGAUUAAAUAAUAGACAAAAAGUUAGCUAUUAUGGAGGCUGAAUAUGAGCUGUUUAAGAAAUACGACAAUCCAAAUUACAAAGGAGCUGACUAUCCAAUUGAUUAAAUUAAUAAUUAAAGCAAUGAUAAUCAAUAAAAAGAAAAUGAUGAUGAAGAACAAGAUCAAGGUAAAGAUAAGGAUGAAAACAUGAAUUUAGACGAAGAUGAUGAAUUUUAAGAAUAUCAAGGCUAUGAAAAAAUGGAAGAGAAUUCUGAUAAAGAAGAAGAAGAUGAUAUAAAUUAUGAUCAAGUAGAGCAUGUCGAUCCAUUUGCUAAACCUUUAGAUGUAGAUUUAAUUAAGAAAUGCAUGGCAGAAAUCCAUAUGCCCACUCCUGCAUGGGCUUAAAAUUUAUAAGGAUGGGAAUAAAGAUUGAGUUAAAUGAAAUAGUUAUGA